UUCUCCAUAAAGGUGAUGAUCAAAUCAAUGUUUUGAUCUGUGGCUAUCACAUCAAAAUCAAAUUCGAACUUCAUCUCAUAAUCUAAUUGGAACCCAAAAGGAAAAUCAGAGAAUGGGAAACGAAGAAGAAGAGGAAUUGGUGGCUGAAGUUGAAGCAGUGGAAGCCGUGUAUGGAACCGAUUGCACCGUUCUCAGUUCAUUUCCUCCCCAUUUUCACCUCUUUCUCAAACCCAGAACUGCUGAUGUUUCCUCCCAACAGUUUGUGGAAGCUGUUCUGGAGAUAAAAGCUACCUCACAGUAUCCAAAAGAACCACCUUCUAUUGAGCUUGUGGAUUGCAAGGGUCUGGAUGAACAGAGACAGAAACAUCUAUUAAAUUACAUACAAAGUAAAGCCUGUGAGAUCUCCCCUUGUUUAAUGCUUGUAGCUCUUUGUGAGGUAACAAUUGCAUCAUUGAUCUAGCUGCAAAUUUUAAAACAAGAAUAGUGAUGGUUUUGCUCCAUACAUAUAUGUCCCUUGUUUGUUAAGCAUUUAGUUAGUAAACUCUAUAGCAUCUACUUCGAUUGCAUUUUUGCUUUGGUUCUGGUUGAGAUGAAAAGAUUUAAUAAAAAUAAGGUCCCUUUCCCCCAAACUAUUUUUAUCUGGUGAUAUUUAUCAGUAGAUGA